AUGGCCAAAUCAUCUGUCAAGAAAGCUUCCAAGAAAGAAGAAAAGCCUGCUGCUGUUGUAGAAACUUCCUCAGACAGUGAAUCUGAAUCUUCUGAUGACUCCUCUGUCAAAUCUAGUGAAGAAAACGCCGUAGAUCAAGACUCUAGUGAUGACUCCUCUUCUUCUGCUGAUUCCUCUGACGAUGAUAAGGAAGAAAGCGAUGUAGAAGACUCUAGUGAUGAAUCUUCUGAUAGUGAUGAUUCCUCUGAAGAAGGAGAAGAAGAAGUAGAAGAAACCAAAAACAACAAGCGUUCUGCCUCUGAAGAAGAAAAUGAAGAAGAAGAAGAAGAAGAACAAGCCCCCAAACGAGCCAAGGUAGAAAUCAGCAAGGAACCUAAACCUCAAUUUGGUGCUUCUGGACUUUCAUUAUUUGUUGGACAAUUGGACUGGAAUUGUACUGAAGAACAACUCCGAGAAUUCUUUGAAGAUAAUGGUAAGAAGGUACAAUCCAUUCGCAUGUCCUUGGAUCGCAAUGCUCCUUCUGGUGUCAAACGCAAUCGUGGCUUUGGUUAUGUGGAUUUUGCCAAUAAGAAAGAUAUGGAUGAUGCUCUUACUUUGAAUGGUGUUGAAUUCCAAGGUCGUAAUAUUCGUUUGGAUGUAGCCACCCCUGCUACUCCCCGCCGCAAGGAUGAAAACUAUAGUCCAAAGACCAACACUGUGUUUGUCGCCAACAUUAGUCGUGAUCUGGAUGAAGCCGGUCUUCGUGAAGCCUUUGAAUCUUUUGGUAACAUUGUAGAAGUACGUCUUCCCAUCGAUAGAGCUACUGAACAAAUUCGUGGUAUUGGUUAUAUUCAAUUCGAAACUGAUGAUCAAGCUGAAAAGGCCGUCAAGGAAAUGAAUGGUGUUAGUGUCAAUGGUCGUCCCAUCCGUACUGAUUUUGGUGGUCAACCUGAUGGUGAUCGUUCUCGAUUCAACAAGGAGCGUGGUGGUUUCCGAGGUGGUCGCGGUGGUCGUGGUGGUAACCGUGGUGGUAACCGUGGUGGUCCCCGAGGCGGCUUCCGAGGUAAAUAG